UUUUUUUGUUUUUCUCUUAAUCCUUUCAAUAUAUAGUUAUUAUCGCACGCAUGCACAAAUAUAUAUAUAUAUAUAUAUAUAUGAACCUUCUGGUCCAUCUUCUAGCUAGAGAGAUCUCUCUUCUUGUCUCGUGAUCUAGGUUUGCUUAUUCUAUCACAUCUCUCCAAACUGUAACCACAUCUUGUUUGUUCACAUCCUCUUAUCUUUCAUGGAGAUCACAAGAACCCUUCAGCCUCCCUUCAACUUCCAUCCCCAUGCAUGAAAUUAUUGAAUCAAUCAGCAUCUUUGCCUCUGUUGAAGGAAACUGAACAACCCAGACAAUACCCUCAACUAAUCUCUCUCUCUCAUAUAAACAUACCAUUUUGUGUUUUAGGGUUUAUAGUUUAGAUUUUGUGAUUUAGGGUUCCUUUUAUAGGGCAAGAAAGGCGCUUCGAUGUCCCCAGAGAGGAGCAUUCAGGAGAAGCCGGAAAGGCAGAACUCAGGCAGCCGGAGAGGAGCAUCUAAUAGGCCGCAAGAACAAGCCCUCAAGUGUCCGAGGUGUGACUCUACAAACACGAAGUUUUGUUACUACAACAACUACAGCCUCACACAGCCUAGGCAUUUCUGCAAGUCAUGCAGGAGGUACUGGACAAAAGGAGGCGCUCUUCGCAACGUUCCAAUCGGCGGCGGCUGCCGAAAAAACAAGAAGAUGAAUAUGAAGUCUUCUUCGAGGUUUAACUUCGCCGACAUGGAUUUUCAGCUUGAUGAUGCUCUCUCUUUCGCUAGGCUAGGCUAUAACCAGUUCUCUUCAUUUGGGAACGUUUCAACCGCCUCUACUGCAAUCUCCACGGCUCCUUUUGCAGUUUAUAACUUAGGAAGCUCCGGCCAUCAGUUUGGCCGGAGUUUUCCUUCAUCUUCUGUUCAAGAGAUGGGUUCGAUGAACGUUCACAGCAGCCUUGUGUCUUCCAUACAAUCCUUGAGCUCUAUCAACCAAGAGCUCCACUGGAAGCAGCAGCAACAAAGGCUGGCCAUGCUUUUCGGCGGAGAUAAUCCAAAAGAAAGCAGUGCCUCUUCUUUUCAGCCGGAAAACCAGGAGAUAUCAAGAUCAGGGUUUUGUGGCGCCGCCGCCGGAUGGGGCGACUUAGCCGCUGAGUGGUUUUCCGAUGGCUCUUUUGCACCUAUGAAUCUUACCCCAUCCAGCAGCGGCGCCAGUGGCAUCUAUGAAAUGACGAGCAGAUGGAACGGAAUUAUGGCAUGGGCUGAUGACUUGAAUCUGCCCAGUUGGGUGCCGUAGUUGAUUAAUGAAAAUCUUCAAAAAAAAAUUUCUCCUCUUUUGCUAGUAAUCCAUUCUUCUUCUGCUUCUGUAAGUUGCUGUUCAUCAGCCUUAGUUACUACUGUUGCUUGUAAUGUUAGUGACGAUGGUGUUCCCCAUUUAUUUUGCAUGUUCCUGCAAAUACUUGCUGCAGGCCCUGUUCUCGUUUGGAAGAUGAUGCUUUUACGCAAUUUUAAAUAUUAUU